AUGUUCAAGCUAUUCCUUCUAGUUGCCGUCUUGGCAUUCGCACAAGUCUCCGCCUUCAUGGGUGCUCCUCUCGUCACUCAACAACGCGCUCCUGUUGUCACCAGCGGAGCCGGUUCCAUGGAAAUGAGAGCUCGUGUUUGCGACCUUUUGGGAAAGAAGCCCAACCGUCAAGCACGCGUUGUUACCUUCUCCCACAGACGUAUCAAGAAGGUCCAACACGUCAACCUUCAAUGGAAGAGAUUUUUCUCGGAGAGUCUUGGCAGAAAGGUCAGACUUCGUCUUUCCACCAAGGGUAUCAAGACUGUUAACAAGCUUGGUUCCAUUGACGCCGCUGCCAAGAAAUUCGAUGUUGAUCUCAAGAAGUUCUAA